GCAGCUGCCUUUUCACUGGGUGUUAUUUGCGAGGGCUGGAAGUGUCCUAUAAGCCUCAGUAUCCACCUUUCCCCUUUGGAUUGAGCUGCAGAGGAUACCAAGCAGCAGCGAAACCCCACCGGAGAUAAAGGAGCUUCUGCAAUGCCUACUCUCCUCCAGGCAUCCUUGGGUCUCUUCCUCUCCCUCUCCCUCCUGAAUUCCAGCUCUGCCUCUGAAGAUGACACCGUGGUGGUGACCAGCAGCGGCCCUAUCAAAGGCAAGCGAGUCCCGGUCGGCUCUGCCACCGUCACUUCCUACCUUGGUAUCCCUUAUGCUGAACCCCCCCUGGGGAAGCUGCGCUUCCAAAAGCCUCUUCCCCACCGGCCAUGGAGCCAUGUCUUGGAGGUCACCAACUUUGGAAAUGCUUGCUUCCAGAGGAGUGAUUUUCACUGGCCUUUCAACAAAAUGUGGGUUGCCAACACGCCACAUUCAGAGGACUGUCUCUUUCUCAAUGUCUGGGUGCCUCACCCGCGGCCCACUGCACCAGUUCCUGUCCUUGUCUGGAUCCAUGGCGGGGGAUUUCUGGUUGGUGCCAGUUCCUUAGACUUGUACAAUGGAGCAUUUCUAGCUGCUACUGAGAACAUCAUUGUGGUUUCCAUGAAUUAUCGGUUGGGGUUCUUCGGCUUUCUGUUCCUCCCUCCUGAGGCCCCAGGAAACAUGGGGCUGUGGGACCAGCAGCUAGCUCUGAAGUGGGUGAAGGAGAAUGCAGCUGUCUUUGGUGGGGACCCUGUUCAGCUGACCCUCUUUGGCCACAGUGCUGGAGCAGCCUCUGUGGGGUUUCACCUCCUCUCACCUGCAAGCCAACCCCUUUUUGCCCAAGCUGUGGUGCAGAGCGGAGCUCCAAAUGCACCCUGGGCUUGGAAGGAUCCUGAGCAUUGCAAGUUGCGCUCCUUGCAAGCGAGUCAGCUGCUGGACUGUGGCGAUCGGAAUCACAGUGUGGUGGUGAGUUGCCUACAGGAGAAGGAAGUGGAUAGGAGAAUGUUCCAACUUUUGAUGCAUCGCUUUUACCCCACCACAGAUGGGGACUUCCUUCUAGAUGAGCCAAAGAAACUUCUGCAGAGUGGGCUCCUUCAGGCAAAACCACUGCUCAUAGGCAUCACCGGUGAGGAUGGGUCUGUCUUUUCACUAAGCGGUCUUUCAGCAAGCCUAGAAGAUGAUGGAAUGACAACUUGGGAGCAGCUCUUGGAGGGAACAAUGACAUUGUUGGAAAUGCCUUCUGAAGAUGUUGCCAAGACUGUAGCGCUGAAGUAUGCUGAAGAUGGCCAUGGGCCAGAAAAAUACCGCUGGGCCAUGGUCCAACUGUGCAGAGAUUAUUAUUUUUUGUGCCCAUUGGCUGAAGCUGCUGCAAAGAUGGCAGCAGGUGGGAGCCCUGUGUACACCUACUCCUUCAACCACCACAUCUCUGGCUCCAUUUGGCAGGAGUGGAUGGGAGCGGCCCAUGGAGUUGAGGUGCCUUACCUGUUUGGAACUCUGUCGUCGCUACAGAGGGCAAACCAAACAAACACGGAAGCUGACGCCCCUUUGAGCCUCAAGAUGAUGCGCUAUUGGGCGGAGUUUGCUAGAAGCGGGAAUCCAACUGGGUCCCUGCCCAAUGAUGUGCAAUGGCCGCUCUACAAUGCCACAGAGGAGAACUUCUUCCACAUCAGCGCAGGGCCACCCGAGAUCAGGAAGCUGUCUCCUGCCCACCACUGCGAUUUCCUGGCAGCCCAUAUAUUCAACUCAACACUCCCAAAAAAAGUCCAAGAAGACUCUAUUGCACCCAUUAUAGAGGAAGAUAUGAAGAAUGAGACCAGAACUUAACAACAACAAAAAAGUUGGAAUGCAAAAAUAGCUUACAUCAAGUGCAAAUGGAACUGAGAUGGUGAAGACAUGCCUAGAAACACUUCAGCAAAGUCCUCACUUUGUAGGAUUGCUGCCCAUUUGCAAAUAUAAUGGUUUGCUCUUCAUUGUGAGGCGAUGCUGAAUGAGAAAUGGAACUUAAUGCUGGGGUGUGAACAAGAUAAGCCAUUGGGACCAUCAUUUUAGAAUGCCACCCCAUUUUCUUCCACAACAUUCACAUGUUAAUUUUGAGAAAAAAGAAAUGACAUAUCAUCCAGCAGCUAUGAAUGAUAGCGGCUUCUUUUCAAUCACUUCUGCUUUAUUUUGCAAGCUACAGGUUAUUUGGCAGCCUGAAUUCACUUCCUGAAUUCAUAUAUUGAGGAGCUGUGCCUUGGAGCUAAAGGACAAUUAAUUUCUCAUUGUUUUGUUGUUGUUCAGUUGUGUCCGACUCUUUGUGACCC